AUGAAGAUCUCCAUGGACGGCGUAGCCGUCCUAUCACUCCUUGCCUGCGGAAUCAUUUCAUCAGUCUCCGCAGCUCACGCCCACCACCGAGAUCUCCUUGGACGCGUCUUACACAAGCGAAAAGUGAGUAGUAGUAGUAGCUCUACCAGCAAUGGCACCGACUGGAUCGAUGCUUCUCCGGAGACAGCGACAAGAGUGGUCAGUUGUACCGACCAAUCAUGCAGUCGGCCUAGGGCGACGACAUUCGUGCACAUAACUAAAACAAUUACGCCGACAAUCGUCAAAACCCUUGCGCUCCCUGCCAAUUAUGCUGAAGUGAACGCAAUUCCGACGCGCCGACGAGCUCCUCGACCUCUUACCGAGUCUACCCUAGAAGAGCAUCCGAUGAAUAUCGAGAGAUUGAUUGAGAAUCAGGUUGACAACCCUGCUGAUUUUCUUGACAGUGCCAACAGCUCGCAGAACGAACCGGUCCAAGAAGAAGAGAACACACUCGAGCCGAGUCCAGAACCACCGGCCAUGCGUCAUCUUGAGCUACGCUCACCGAAGAAUUCUAUACAAGCACUCAAACCAAGACAGGACCAAGGCUACCAGAAUUUUGAGCUUGGAGGGAAUACUGGACCAACUUCAACAAUCAGUGCUGCAAAGGCAGGUACCAGCAGCCUUUGUCCAGCCGCCAACGACACGCAAUACGAGUCUGAAGCAAGUAUUCCAUACCAGAUUGUAUGCAAUAUUGACUUCGAAGGCAAUGACUACCCCUUCCAGAAAGUCGAGAGUUAUGAGGGAUGUGUACAGAAAUGUGACGCGUACAAUUUUAUCAACCAUCACGUCCUCUGCAUCGCCGCCCUCUACGUUCCAAGCCGUGGUGACGAUGCAGACAAUUGCUAUUUGAAGUCUUCCGUUUCGAACCCGACCAAAUCCACGCUAGACAUUUACGGUGCUAUACGACUCAGUGACGUUGAGGGCUCUUUGUCCUCGUCGAUCGUAGCUGCAGACUCAAGCACUUCUGUAGCUCCAAAGCCGACCUCAUCUUCAGCCAAGUCUCCUGGCGACAUACGGUCCUCCUCGGCGGACGAUGACAAGCAAACUUCAUCUGCAGCCGACCCUGCUACUUCCAGCCCACCGGAAGGCUCUCAGCCUGGUAUAACCUAUGCUGCCGGAGAUAACAUUAUCGAGCCAAAGGUUUCGGAGUCUCACUUCCUUGGACCCAGUGUAAAUACACCUACAAAGCAAUACAUUGACUAUACAGCACCGAAAAGCCCUGACCUCAAGAGCAGCCUCCUCACCGUUGGUGUCAAUGGUGACUUGACCACAGGAUAUGAUCUAUCAUUACAGACAGGCGUCCUCAGCAUCAAUUCUUCGACACAUUCAUUGCUCGCUACUCUGGAUGGGCCUCCGCACAUCUCGCGUGAUGGUGGACAGGGUGGCUACGUUAAUGGCCAGCAUCUUUUCAUCUUUUGCGACACUGGAAGCUACACAACGACAACCGGCUCGACCGAGGGCAAAUUUCUAGGCUUCGUCUCAAGUUCCGUUGCCGUUGAUAAGGGUAUGAAUGGCCUCGAUAGGAAUGCACUCAACCUUCAAGACGGAAUAGGAGAAUGGAGUGAUGACGUUGGUCGUAAAGGACAGCGCUAUGCUGUGUGGCCCGAGUCGUCUGUAAUAGGACUAGAUGCGACGACUGGAGUUCUUUUCGCUCCAAUUGUCUAUGACGAGGUCGACCUUAACACCAAAGACGCUAAGUUCACUUACACCGGAGCUACGCUCUUGACGAUCACCGCCGACAACAAGGCCGGCCCAGUAGCUGAACGACCGGUCGCAAAAAUCUGGGACCAAGACGAGGUUGGGUGGGGUUGCGCAGGCGGCAUCCGAUCAUGGGGUACUUCUGGAAUUGGCGGUAAAGACGGCUCCGUCUACGUCUUUGGUAAUAAUGAAGGUGGCAUCCUUCUUGGUAGAACGUCUCCUGCUGAUCUUGCCGAUCGAGACUCAUACACGUUCUGGAAUGGCAAGGAAUGGACAAAGGACAUGCCGACAACGUCCUCCAAGAACUUUUUCAUCGAAGGCGCCUUCAUGGACAUCGACUUAUUCUACUCUCCUCGUCAUCUCACAUUUAUCAUCGUCUACAUGACUAAGUAUGCCGACAACAUUUUCUACUUCCGCUAUCUCAAGGCCGACAAUGGAAUAUUGCCACCUUUUGCACCUGGUGCCAAGUCCGACUCUGAUUAUGUCGAAAACAUUCUCAAGUUUGAUUGGUCUGAAGAGCAGGAGCUUUACAAAGCACCAAAAAGUCUAAGCGGCAAAUACGUAUAUGGUGGCGCUGUUCACGUUGGCUAUUACGGUUCCGACGAUAUCACCAAUGGAGGUUCGAAGAUGCUCCUCAGCUGGACUGCACCUACUGGAGAGAAUCCUGCAGCGGUCAAGAGCGAGUAUGAGAUCAUCAUGGCGGAAGUCGACUGGGCUUAG